AUGGCGGCCGUGAGUGAAGAUAUUUCUGAUCGUGAAUUGCGGGCGAAAUUGAAAGAAAACGGUAUCUCUUGUGGUCCUAUAACUGCCACAACCAAGAACCUGUAUAUUCGCAAAUUACGAAAUAAGCUUUCUGAGGAUGAAAGCGCUUUGAGCAGUGGUAAAGUGCCAUCCAGAAAAUCGUUGUCGCCCAAACCAUCUUCACGGCGUGCAUCGCCCAGCAGACGAUCUGUUGACCCUACGCCGCCUUCAGGAAGAAAGCUUAUCGGCUUUUCGAGCGACGAGGAUGAGUCAGCAAAGGAGCCUGUAACCACGAGGCAAAAACGUUUAUCUGGUCAAUUUAAAGGAAGUCCAAGAAAAUCGACUGCCUUUACACCUAUACAAAAUGAAGAGCGACCUGUUUUCCGAAGACGGUCUAACAACACGUCAAGCCCUAAAUAUAAACUCAGACAAGACGGAGAAAGGACGGAUAUUGAUGGAAGGGUAAAUAUGAACUCGUACGCUUUUGAGCCAAAGCGUGGAAAAUUGCCUUCGUAUGCAGGCACAGCAGGGUUAAGAAAUUUAUUCCUGAAGAAAAGCAUGGAAGAUAGUAAGAAAUAUGCUAAUACAUCACCACCACCACCACCAGAAGUGACAUAUGAUCUGGAAGUUGAAGAUGAGACAGACAAAAACAGUUACCAAUAUACUUGGCUAAUUUGGGUUUUGGUUAUUGCGCUGGUUGUUGUAUUUUUGUUGGUUUAUAAUUGGCAGUUUUUGUCUGCAAUGUUAUGGAAUGGAGUCAGUAAUGACCGUAAGUUUUGUACAUUGAGCAGUUGGUUAUUGUCUGACCGAGUCGAAACAACUUGCUUUCACCAUAAAUAUGCUGGUGGGAAAAUGUGGUGGGCAAGAAUUAUAACAUUUCUGCUGGCUUCAUUAGGCUUGAUUAAAUUUGAGCAUGUGGCAUAGCCAAGUGGGUGGGGGCAAGGAGGGGUGGUCUAGGAGGGGUAACAGACCACUCCUCAAUGACCAUAUAAUUAUCUGGGCAGAUGUGGAGAGGUGUUGAUGUCUGGAAAAUGUCAUACACAUCCAUUUACUAAAUGCAUGAAACAUUAUAGUCAUUGUAAUCUAUUAUACACAUUAGAAUUAUAACAUAUACAAUACUGUUCUGGUUUGUAUAAGAAAAUUAUUUGAUGGAAACUUUUUUGUGGAUAUGGUUUACCUUUGAAAAGAACCUGUUUCAGUAUGUGUGAAAUGCUAUUCUGGAUACCCUAGAAAUGUAAAAUGGGGAUGAAGCCUGUUAUGAUUAUGUGAAACCAAAUUAACACUCUGACACUCUGUUUUUGCCACUGUGUUUUUAAUUAACCUAUUAAGUUGCAAUGUGCCCUGAUGCAGCCUACUUUAUUAUUUUACCCUGUCUAAUGCCAGAUGCCCAGGAGAGUACUGAAGAGAGGAGAGAGUACUCUCGUCAAGGGGAGAGUACUGAAGCUCAAUGUGCUAACUGAAAAUAACAAAUUGUUAUGAAUUGUUGGAGCAUUUUAAAACAUGAAACCCUCACAUGAAUACAAUGUUCAUGUGAUCUCACUAUUACAAAAUUAGCAUUAUUUGAAACUGAUGUCUCCCCACAUUUUACGAAAUUUCUAGUCUUUAAUAGAAUAAACAUUCCCCGCAUUUGCUGGCUGUCAAUAAAAACUACUUACUUACAAAUUAUGAAUGAACAACCCUAUCCUCUUCUAUUUGAAGCUAUUGCUUUGUGUGCACUCACUCAAAUUCUGGAAGUGUGUAUUUAAAAUGGAAAGCAUCCUACUAUUGUCUUUACAUCAUAUAGAAAUUUAAUUCCUCUUGUUGGGUACAUUCCAUUUGAUGAGUAAAAUUGUCUGGUAUUAAACAGAGUAAAACAAGGCAAAUUCAUGUUCCUUUAACCCACUGAGUUGCAUUGUGCCCUAAUGCACCCUACUUUAUUACUUUACUCUGCCUGAUGGUUUAAUUAAAAGAAGAAAUGGGCAGACUUGAUAUAUAGUCUUGUUAACUACCAUCACCAUGAUAAGUAAAAUUGUCUGGCAUUAAACUUAGGGUGCGGUAUGUUGUGGCUUUAAUUACCAAUCUAUGCUAGUAAUAUUUUAUGCACUGUGUAUUUUUAUAGAGCUAAAGAUUUGUGGGCCUUCUUUUCAUGGAAAUGAGGUGUGUGACAGUGUGUCUUCAUUGUUUGGGAGUGGUAAUACGACAGCGAAAGUCAAUAUUAACCAGAUUUUUAAUACACAUAUCUUUCUCAUUUAUUGAACAUUGAUUUGAAGGAAGGGAUAACUCCCAAAAUAUCUGCACCGUCUGCAUCAGAUAUUCAGAUGAGCCUAGAUCUUCAAUGAAAAUGUGAAAGCUUCGAAUUGUGUAUCUCUACCAAUCUGAAGCUUUCUUAUUGCCACUACCUACACUGGCACAGAAAUAAUGUUAUCCUUACCCUAUUACCUCAAGUGGAAUUUGUGGUUUCAGGGUAAAGGUAACAAGUUUCAGAGUACUUAUUUUCAGGUUAAUAGGGCAUAUAUGACAAAGGAAAAACAACCAUGUUAGUGAUCAAACAUGGAAGUAGUAGUACUGUGUAUUGUUUCUGUCAAAGGCUUUGCCAAUUUAGAGCAGUUUAUUGUCAAUGAAAAGGCAGUAGGGUACAAUGAAAACUUUGGUUGACACAGAUACAUGGAUGCUUAGCGUGUAUAUAGUGCAAUAGAUGAGAAAUGAAACUUAAAAAUGGGCGCAUUUUGCAUCAAAGCAUGUGAAAUCUUGGAUAACACCAACAAUCAGGGGCAUAGGAAGUGGGGGGCCGAGGGAUGUGACUAAAGAAUGUGGGAAUAAAUGUAAAAUUAAUUAUGUAAUCCAGUAUUAUCCUUUGGCUGACUAACUAUUUGCUUCCCAAAACAAUGUUUUAAAUGGCUGAAUUCAAAAUGCAAUUUCAGAGGGUUCUCAAAGGCCUUGUUUCAGGAUUUUUUGCAAUUUGGGACAUGCACAUCCCAAUGUCCAGACUUCAGUACUCUGUUAAUCAUGAACUGGAGUGUUAAAAUGUAGGAGGUAUAUCUGUGCUUCGUCUGGCGUCAUUCCUCGUGGCAAUAGGACGGCAGUGUAGCUUUGUAAGUAAUGCAGCAUGUAAAAUACUAAAAUGAUGAUAGGUGUAUAUGUUUUAUUUCAGAAUGAAGCUUGCCUGAGUGAAGAAGAUAUUACAGAAAAACUUGUUGAACAUCUACAGUAUGAACUGGGUACAAUGUUAGGUGUGUUUUUACAGUUUGUUUUUAAAUAGAAAUUAGAAGUUAAUUGUUAUGGAAGUAAUUUAUAAAUUUUUGUAAGGACCUGUUUUUACUGUAAUUGUAUGAUCCUACUUUCUGAAACGUCUCCUCUAGGCCUAGCAGGGUGAAUUUUCCCUGUGUUCACAUGGAGUUUUUCAUCGACCUCAAUUGACCAUUUGCGUAAUAGACUAGCUAAACAAGUCUAGACACAAAUGUCAUCACAGCUUGAAGGAGCAUCACAAAAUUAGUAAUAUUUCAAAGUUUCGUUGCAAAAUGUUCUAAAAUGCAGAUAAUAUAGCCUUGCGAAGUUUGCAAUUUUCAGUCAUUUUAGAUUACAAACGGGAAAUUGACAGCCCAAUACCCUUUGGGGCUGUCAAUUUCCCGUUUGUAAUCUAAAAUGACUGAAAAUUGCAAACUUCGCAAGGCUAUAUUUUCCGCAUUUUACAACAUUUCGCAACGAAACUUUGGAAUAUUACUAAUUUUGUGAUGCUCUUUCAAGCUGUGAUGAAAUUUUUGUUGAGAUCAAAAUUUAGUCUAUUACGCAAGUGAUCAAUUGUAAUUGAGAUAAAAAUACCAUGCUUAACUUGUACAUUUGGGUCAUGCAACACAAAUGUUUUAAUAACUUUGGUGUCUUUUUUACGCAUUGCUUUAUAGUAACGUUAGUAUUUAAACUCUGUUUACAAAACAAAUAUAACAAUUGUUAAAUGGCAAAAUACGAAAUUCGAUUUUUUUACUUCGUCCCGGCUUACAGUUUCGCCUUAUACAAUCUCGUCAAACGGACCAAUUUAUUAUAGUAAUAUAACUAGGAGGGGAGAUCAUAGGUAGGCGAGACGUCUCUGUAAGCGGCUCACACGAACAAGCCUUAAGUUAAGAAAUCCAUUCUCCGUCCAGCGACCAUGCACGCGGCGGUCGUUUCAGUUAACAUUUUUUACGCGUUUCCACGCGAGCGGUUGGAACUUUUAAACGUGAUUCUGUCCAAAAGAAAUCUUUACCAAUCCUAUAGGUUUAACAUAAAAACCACCUUGGUUCGUCAAAACUACGCCAGCAUCUGUUUCACUUAAGUUUUGUAAGGCAGUCUCAUGUGAUACACUCGCUUUUCCAUUUAUUUCCCAUGCUUUACUACCCUCCUUUAACAACUUGUUAGCUAUCAUUACCGUGAAAAAUAUCAGUAAAAUUAAUUAGUCAUUAUUUUAGAAAGUAUGUUCUGUGGUUAUAGACAAGGCCAAUGUUGCGUUCACCUUGCCCUGAGGAGAACAACGAUGCUUGAUAAAUAGCGCUCCUUUGUCACCCAAGACAUUUUUUUCGUGUAUUAACUGAAACUGGAGUGAUUGACGGAGUGAUUGACACAUGUCUGCUUGUCACAUCACUCAUCUGUAACAUGUAUGUUAUUGUCCAGUUUAAAAACACUCAAUCUAGUACCUCUCCAGGCAAGACCACUUCGCAUGGUCAUCGGCCAGCCUUGUAACACCGUCGCCAACCGCGGUUACAGGGUGCUUUGAUCGAAAUUGUGCCGUCACGAGAGAAAUGCACAUUUCGUGUGCUACCGGCUACGCCAGGGCGCUUAUGAAGAAAUUGCAAAGGAAUUCAAUAAAUAUUUCUCUGAAGUAGGCAAAAAACUAGCAGAAGAAAUUCCUGAUAACGAUAUUGACCCUUUGCAUUGUGUAACUCCAGUGUCAAAUUCAUUUACUUUCAAAACAAUAUCAGAAGAGGAUGUAAACCGCAUUAUUUCUAGUAUGAAAACCUGAAAAUCUGCAGGAAUUGAUAAAAUCUCGGUCAAACUCGUACAAGCAGCAGGGAAAACUAUUUGAAAUCUUUGAAAAAUAUAUUCAAUUUGUCUUUAAAUACUGGUAUAUUCUCAGAUGAUUGGAAAAUUUCUCGUGUUACGCCAAUCUAUAAAUCCGACAAUAAGACAGACUGUUGUAAUUAUACAUGUAGACCAAUUUCCAUUAUAUCAAAUGUAGCUCAAGUCUUCGAAAAGGUUAUUUAUAGCCAAUUAAUUGCCUUUCUGAAUGAAAACAAAGUUAUCGCUGAAAAUCAAUCCGGUUUUCGUCCAAAUCAUUCAACAGAGACUACUCUCUUACAUUCAGUAAUUCAAUUAUUUGGACAAUAUGGAUAAAGGACUGAUUAACGGAGUAGUAUUUAUAGAUCUUAAAAAGGCAUUCAUGAUACGGUUGAUCAUGCUCUAGAGACUCCUGGCAAAGCUUGAACGAUGUGGAGUAAGAGAAACACCUCUCAAAUGGUUUAAAUCUUACUUACAUCAGAGAAAACAAGUUUGCAAAAUAAACAAUGCCAUGUCGGAUGCAGUUGAAAUUCGUUGUGGCGUCCCACAGGGGUCAAACCUUGGUCCUUUACUAUUCAACUUAUACAUUAAUGACCUUCCUAACUGCCUACAGACAACCAAGGCUUCCAUGUUUGCGGAUGACACCAACCUUUCUUGUAAAGGGCAAUCAUCUGCAGACAUUGAGUACAAAUUAAUUAAACUGCGACUUAGACAAUAUUCAGAAAUGGCUAAUAAGUAAUAAGUUAACAUUAAACCGUACGAAAACUGAGCAUAUGCUUAUUGGAUCACAACAAAGGUUAGAUAAAAUCCUCGAAACUCCAAAGAUACUAUACAGGGUGUAUCAAAAAAAACUGAACAGAUUUGAAAUUGCUCCCAAUUUCGCAAAACACCUAGUUGUAUCUGGUUUUAUAUAUGUAUAGCUUCUUUGGGUACUUAUAAUGUAAAAUAAUGAAAAAAAUUUCUCGAACUCAAAUUUUGUGAACCAGGGGGGGGUGUCUUUUCCAACAAAUUAAAAAUGGCUCGCGCACAAAAUUUAAAAGCUGUAAUCAUAUUUUGAGUUAAUAGAUUGAAAAUUUGUCGGGUUUUUAAUUACUGUACAAAAUUUCAGACAAUUUUGUUUAGUUUAAGCCCUUUAACUAUUCAUUUUGUUCUAAAAAGUCAGCCUUUCGCAUGCUUAAUUAAUGCCUUUACCUAAUUUGCAUAUUGCUGACAUAUGCAAAUUAGGCAAAUGCAUUAAUUAGGCAUGCAAAUAGCUGAUUUUUCAGGAAAAUUGUAACUUUGCGUGAAUAGUUAAGGGGCUUAAACUGAACCAAAUUGUCUGAAAUUUUGUACAGUAAUUAAAAACCCGACAAAUUUUCCAUCUGUUAACUCAAAAUAUGAUUGCAGCUUUUAAAUUUUGUGCGCGAGUCAGUUUUUAGUUUGUUGGAAAAGGUUCACAAAAUUUGAGUUCGAGAAAUUUUUCUCAUUAUUCUACAUUAUAAGUACCCAAAGAGGCUAUAUAUAUAAAAAACCGGAUACAAAUAGCUGUUUUGCGAAAUUGAGAGCAAUUUUAAAUCUGUUCAGUUUUUUUUUAUACACCCUGUAUAUGGCGAACAUCAGAUAAAAAGGGUAAGGGAAGAAACUGUUCUUGAACUCAUAAUUGAUGACCAACAGACCUUUCCCCUUUUGAGUGAAAUUUUGAUCUAGACAGGUCUGGACAAAAAUUUCAUCACAGCUUGAAAGAGCAUCACAAAAUUAGUAAUAUUCCGAAGUUUCGUUGCGAAAUGUUGUAAAAUGCGGAUAAUAUAGCCUUGCGAAGUUUGCCGUUUUUCAGUCAUUUUGCAUUACAAGCGGGAAAUUGAUAAUCAGAUGAUCAAACUGAUUAUCAAUUUCCCAUUUGUAAUACAAAAUGACCGGAAAAAUCCAAAACUCGCAAAGGCCAUAUCCAAAAUGCAAGAGGGGGCAAAUUGCCCUGGGCCCCGAGGUGCUGGGGGCCCCUGAAAAUUUUUUGUUGGGCCCCGGUCUUUUUUGUGUGUUAAAUAUUUCCGCGCAAAGAACAAGAUAUCUGUUUUUUUGGGCGAAGUACCGAAAUUUGGUAUAUCCCUGGAAAGCAAUUGCAACGUACUCGUCCGGAAAAAUGUUGUCGACGGGAGGUUGUUCUCCGAAAAAAAGUUUUUCCGGAAAAAUUUUUUAGAUAGGGACCCCUAAAAAAAAUUGUCCCCGGGCCCCCGCCAACCUCUCGGCGACCCUGGCUAUAUUCGCAUUUUACUACAUUUCGCAACGAAACUUCGGAAUAUUACUAAUUUUGUGAUGCUCUUUCAAGCUGUGAUGAAAUUUUUGUCCAGGCAUAUCUAGAUCAAAAUUUCACUCAUAAGGGGAAAGGUCUAUUAAAAGGGAACAGGCACAAUGAUGAACAGUGUAAGAAAAUUUCAAAAAGCAUAGCCCUUUUACGAAAAGCUAAAGACUUUGUUUUUAUACAAGAAGAAUUAGUUACAAUUUAUAACUUAUUAGUCAUACCACAUUUUAACUAUUGCUCUACUAUUUGGCAUGAUAAUAACAAAUCUCAUAUCGAUAAAUUAUGGAAAUUACAAAAGAGAGCUGCACGGGUUAUAACUAGUUCUGACUACACUAUUAGAUCAUCCCAAGUCUUUGGAACUCUUCAAUGGCAUCCAAUAAAAAAUCUCAUGGACAAACAAGAUCUAACAAUGAUGUUCAAAAUUCUAAAAAACAUGGCGCCUAAUUACUUAACAAUAACGUUUCGUAAAUGUGACAACUCUAAUAAUACAUUACGGAGUAACAAUUUAAAACUGAGCCUUCCUAAGCCAAAAACAGAUUUUUUUAAAGAGAGGCUUCUCCUACCAUGGGGCUGUCGCGUGGAAUAGUCUACCCUCUGACCUUUUACGAGUGAUAGACGAAUCCCAAUCUAUUUCUUCUUUUCGUAGCUUACUUAAUAAUUAUUAUGAAACUUUGUAAUAGUUUGUAAUGUAAUGUCUUAAAGGUUAAAUAUUCUAAUUCUUUUUUUAAAACACACGGCCCUUUGAAAAUCACGCAAGUGAAAGGCUACCGUGGUCCGUGUAUAAAUAUUUUAAAAUAAUAAUAAUAAUAAUAAUACAUACGCUUUCCACGUGCACAUUACGCGAUCGCGUAGCAAAAUAAAGCGCCUGGGUGCGAGGUGGUUGUCGAUAUAAUAGAGACUGAUAACGUCAUUUUGUGUUUGAAAUCAAGAACGGCAGUCAAUGCAGUUUCAUGUUCAUGAUUUCAAACAAGAACGGCUGUCACCAUAUCUUGCCAUCUAUAUCGGCUCGAUUGACUUCCGGUUGGCGACCGUGUUGUCAAAAACGUUGCUUGCUUGAGCUCUCUAUAAAUGUUUACUUAGUCCCGAUGCUCGUUUUUAUAGGUUUGUCUAAAUGCGGUUACUCGACGAAAGAUGGGAAAAUGACAAGAGCUGAACUGGAAAAAUGGGUGAAUGAACGCCUUGUAAGUGCACAAACCAACACAAGGUAGAACAGCGAGCUAGGGACGGACCAUUAGAAAAGUGAUGGGGGGGGGGGAGCCAAAAAAAUUAGGAAAAAAAUCUUCCCAUGCAGAGUACAAAAAAAAAUUCCUAGCUUGGAAGAUAGGCCUAUAAAUUUCACUCCAAAAAAAUAUUUCCAGUCAUCAAGUGAGAAAAAAAAUUUCUAUAGGUGUACAAAAAAAUAUAUAUUGCCUCUUAGAACACAUCACUUUUCUAAUGGUCCGUCCCUUAUAUUGAGUGUAGAUGUCCAAAAUCCUGAUAUUUACCCAUACCCCUUACAUUGGUAUCACCUUGGUAUUAACCAUACAAGAAUCUGCAAGACACAUGACUGAAACACUCACUUCACCUGAAAUAAAGCAAAGCUUGUUACUCAGAGUUUCAUGCCUGAGUUUACAGACAAUCUUCGGACUUACCUAUACUUGUGUGUAUAUUUCUGCAGGGAAACAAGCAUUGUAAAGACAAAGUAGUAAAAAACAUUAAAGAAUAUAUUCUGCAAAAUCCUGGCUUUUCGCUGAGGUAAAGUUUUGUUAUUUGUGUUGGUAUAUAGAGCGCGUGCAGUACGCCCCCAUAAUUUCUGGAAGUCUUUGAAUGGUAUCUGAAUCGAUUCUAUAACAAAGCUGUGCCUAUAAUAUUUAAACUAUAAGUGCUGUCGUGGGCUAAAAAUUAUUCGCCUUCCCCCCCCCCCAAUAUUUCAUUAAUAAUUAUAAUGAGCCAAACUGAAAGGAAACCAAAACCGUCUCGUCUUGAUACCACGGUAAUAAACGCCCAUAAAUUAGCUCAACUAUCGUCUUGAAUUUCUCUUUAAUUAUAAGUCCGUUUGAGAAGUAAUAAACUCGAAAGCUGCAUGUGUAUUACCAGCGCAUAAAACACUCUGCUAGUGCCUCGUUUUUUAACACACUUUUCGGUAUUUUAUACGCCGGUACUAAACACUUUCUCGUUAAUUAUAUAUUACAUAGUACACUUUAUACCAAUCUGGGACCAAUUACAAAAAGCUUGAAGAAAUGACUAUCCACAGCCCCGGGACACUAAAAUCACAUUCGUGAUUUAUACAUUUAUAGAUUUGUCUUAAAGCCAUGUUACACCAAGCGAUUUUUACAGCAAAUUGCAAUGCAGUUUCAGAUACAGAGCCAUGUUAUUAUCCAACAAUAUGUCGCAGAGAAAUGUGAGCAUCGCCCACAUUCUACUCUGCCAGCAUUUUCAUUAUAUUACUUAUAAAAAUGAAAGAAAUAUGAUGAAAAAUCAGAAUAAACCGUGGCCCAUGUUCAUGCAGAUUUUCCUGGCACUUCUUUUUUAGACAAUGUCUAUAUAUGUCAAAAGCAAGUUGCAGGCAGCAAAACAUGUGUCAAAAGCCAUGUGGUGUAAUAUGGCCUUUACUAUAUAUGCAUUGCUCUAAUCGUGUUUUUGAUUUGUUAAGGUGUGCUGAUAAAAAUGGAACGGAUGUGACAAAUGCGACUCAAAGGUUAGAGACUAUUGUAACUUCACUGGCGCUGAAACCUCUAAUGUGCAGGAUAAGGGAAGCAUUUUCAAGAGUUUUCUAUCAACUGCUGUUCCUUUGCGCAGGUAACGUUGAAAUAUUUUGUUUUUGCUGGGCAAAAUGAUAUACAGAGGCUAACAAUUGCACUGAACUUUUUAAGGUUUUUGUACGCCAGCAAUUUAGGCCCUUUGUAAAUGAAUAAAAAUUCCAUAAUAAUAGAGUACAGCAUAGGAAAAUGCAUGUUGGUAAAUCCAGCAUUAAUUGAAGAUCGUUGUCGAGCUCGGAUCCUUUCUUGAUACAAAACAUUCAUGAGAAAAACCAAACACUGCGUUGUCAACGUAAAGUUGAUUCAUGCGCGAUCACUGUUGCUAUCGUAAGAAUAAUGUUUAACUUGUUAAGUCGCGAGAAUAUCUCGUGCGCUUAAAUAUGGAUUUGAAUCUGUGCUCUACCCAGUUGACUUGAUAGCUCAAUCGGUAGAGCGUCAGCCCGGUUCCUUGAAUAUGCGAGUUCAAAUCCCGCGUGAGUGAACUUCGUGUUGACAACGCUGCAGUAUUGGGUUUUCAUGAAUAUAUUGUGAAAUAUUUCCCUGAUGAUGAUCUUUUUCCUCAGCUAUAAUCUGCUGUGUCUGUGUCUACUUCGUUGUGAAGUACCGCUGGAUGUUGCGCGAACGAAGAACUCGACAAAUGUUUCAGCUUGUUGA